AUGAUUACUUUGACUCGAACUGGAGCUGCUGAAAACGUGGCACUUAUUGCUCUGAACCGUCCGAAUGCAUUGAAUGCUUUGUGCCGUCAAUUGAUGCAAGAAUUGUCUGAAACUUUGCUGAAAGUGGAACAUGAUUCAUCAUACAAUGUGAUUGUUUUAACAGGAAAUGAGAAGGCUUUUGCUGCCGGAGCUGAUAUCAAAGAGAUGGCGAAGUUGGAGUUCGCCGAUGUUUUUCAGAAUGAUUUUUUCAACAAUUGGGAUACUCUUUCCCACAUCACAAAACCCGUAAUUGCGGCUGUCAAUGGAUUUGCACUGGGCGGUGGAACAGAACUUGCAUUGAUGUGUGAUAUUGUUUAUGCUGGAGAAAAUGCAGUAUUCGGACAACCUGAAAUCAAUAUUGGAACAAUUCCAGGAUUAGGAGGAACUCAGAGAUGGCCGAGAUUCACGAAUAAAUCGAUUGCAAUGGAGAUAUGUCUCACCGGUGACCGUUUGAGUGCCCAGGAUGCGAAAGAAGUUGGUCUCGUCAGCAAAAUCUUUCCAACCCAACAAUUGGUAUCAGAAGCUGUAAUUCUCGCUGAUAAAAUCGCCAAAAACUCUCCGUUGAUCGUCAAGACUGUGAAGAACUCUGUCAACUCGGCCUAUGAAACGUCUUUAAAUCAGGGCCUCCAAAUUGAGAAACAGUUGUUCCAAUCGACGUUUGCCACGAAUGAUCGGAAGGAAGGUAUGACCGCUUUCGCUGAGAAAAGAGGACCUAAGUGGGCAGGAAACUAA